AUGUCUUCUAUAAGUAGAUUGAUAAAAUUUGAAGGAAAUAACAAUCGAUGGUACUCCUUAGGGAACCAUCUGACGCCAACUGGUCCAGCGCCACGACCUGCCAGGCAUUUUGAAGACGAGGCACCUCAAGCCGCCACCUCGAUUUUUCAGUCUCGUCAAAGCACGAGAGGUGACUACGCGGCGCAUUUACAUAGAGUACAGCGGCUGAGAGAUGGAAUACGGUCCCGAGCAAAACGACAAUUUGCCGCUCAACGUCCAUCGAAAGGAGUUUUAGGCAUUCACGCCAAAAUAGCAGACCCUAUUGAUAGCGGAACCCGCCACGAUGUUGUGCACCUGAGCAGCGUAGUCAUAUCACGGAGUCGUGAGGCGGGUUCUACUUCAACCCACGAUAGAGGAACUCUCUGA